GUGGACCAUAGCGUGAGUGUGAGCUUGACAUGCAAACACCAAGCAGAGGUUUUACCCAUCAAACUGACCACAGCUUCUCAGUAGACAUGGUGGACACCCAGCAGCUUCUGGCCUGGCCUGUUGGCUUCAGUCUGAACACAGCAGACCUGCCAGAGCUGGAUGACAGCUCCCACUCCCUCGAAAUGAAACAUUUGUCCACGUUUGACUACGCCUCAAUUUCCUCCUCCUCCAUCCCUUCCUCCUUGUCUCCCCCGCUUGUAUCCUCCAUCCCUUCCGCUGCUGUGGCCUAUGACCUAAGUCCACCACAGAGUGAAGAACACCUGAUCAACAUGGACUACACGAACAUGCACAGCUACAGGACGCAACCAGACAUGCUCAAUUCCAUCAAGCUGGAGCCUGAGUCGCCUCCACAGUACUCUGAUAGUCCCGUGAUGUCCAAGCUCCCGGACGAUACGUCGACAGCAGCACUAAACAUUGAGUGCCGCGUGUGUGGGGACAAAGCCUCAGGCUUUCACUAUGGCGUCCAUGCUUGUGAGGGCUGCAAGGGUUUCUUCAGGCGCACCAUCAGGUUAAAGUUGGUGUACGAUCACUGUGAUCUUCACUGUCGCAUUCACAAGAAGUCGCGCAACAAGUGCCAAUACUGUCGCUUUCAGAAGUGCCUCAAUGUUGGCAUGUCACACAACGCCAUUCGUUUUGGCCGAAUGCCUCAAGCAGAGAAGGAAAAACUGCUAGCCGAGUUCUCAUCUGACAUGGAGCACAUGCACCCGGAGGCAGCAGAUCUGAGGGCUCUGGCCCGGCAUUUGUACGAGGCCUAUCUGAAAUACUUCCCCCUCACCAAGGCCAAGGCCAGGGCCAUCCUCUCUGGGAAGACUGGAGACAAUGUGCCUUUUGUCAUCCAUGACAUGAAGUCUCUAAUGGAAGGAGAGCAGUUUAUUAAUUGUAAGCAGAUACCCGUCCCAGAGCACCAGCAGCAACACCUGACCAACACUCUUCCAGGCGUACACGGAGGGUUCAUGGAAAUGCACCCAGUGUCAGAAAGUGACGUUAUGAGAAUGGCAACCGCCAUUGGACAGGGAUCAGCAGAAGCUGUGGAGCUGCGUUUCUUCCAAAGCUGUCAGUCACGUUCGGCAGAAGCAGUGAGAGAAGUGACCGAGUUUGCCAAGAGUAUCCCAGGAUUCAUUGAUCUGGAUCUAAAUGAUCAGGUUACUUUGCUGAAGUAUGGUGUAAUUGAGGUUUUGAUCAUCAUGAUGUCACCUCUGAUGAACAAAGAUGGGACCCUUAUCUCCUAUGGACAGAUUUUUAUGACACGGGAGUUCCUCAAGAGUCUCAGGAAACCUUUCUGUCAAAUGAUGGAACCAAAGUUUGAGUUCUCUGUCAAGUUCAACACACUGGAGCUAGACGACAGCGACAUGGCACUAUUUCUGGCUGUUAUCAUUCUCAGUGGGGACCGCCCAGGCCUACUGAAUGUGAAGCCCAUCGAGCAGCUUCAGGAGACGGUGCUUCAUUCGCUGGAGUUGCAGCUGAAGCUAAACCAUCCGGACUCUCUGCAGCUAUUUGCCAAGCUGCUCCAGAAGAUGACGGACCUGCGUCAGAUAGUCACCGAUCAUGUCCAUCUCAUCCAGCUGCUGAAGAAGACCGAGAUAGACAUGUGUUUGCAUCCGCUGCUGCAGGAGAUUAUGAAGGACUUGUAUUAGAAUUCAACAGGAGAAGAGGACGAUUACAGAAAGGGGUGAAAAAAAAAAUACAGUACUGUGCAAAAGUCUUGAGUUGCCAUUUCUUUAUGUUUUGCUUGAAAAAUGGGAAGUGGAUUAAUUGAAA